CUCACGAGCAGCUCAGCUCAGUUCAUCUUCAUGAGAGGUUGUAGGUCAGAUUGUGUUUGCUCAUGGUGCUUCAACACACGCUGUAUAGUGUCGGUGGAGAGUCACGCACUCAUUGUCUUCUUCUGUGGUUGGUUUGUUCAUUAACAUCGAUGGAGGAAUCUGAGGUGCGCUGAAGUUCAGGGGUCAGGUUGGGGUGUCGUCGUUGGCUUCUGGAUCGGCGUGACGUGCAGCAUGGCAGACGCGGGUGAGAACAGAGAUGUGAAAGAGCGCUGCCCUCAGGUGUUUGUGGUGGACAGUAAGGCGCUGGGCCCUCCGGCCGCACGUCAGGUGUAUGGUCAUCACCUCUCUCUCAUCUACCUGCUGCUGGGUGUGGCACUGCUGGGCGUCUUUAUAGAGGCCGGACUCAUCUAUCAUCUCUACGGCAGACUCACGGCACCAUCAGAUAGGACCAUUCAGAAAUUUGAAUAUAUUAAAGCAGAGAAUGAUCCAUUAAUGAAUAAAUCACACGAGAAUAAUGAAAUUCCACCUGUAAAACUCCCCGAAGAUGUGCGCAAACCUGCAGCGUUUCUACAAACAGAAGAACACGGGGCUUUGCGCUGGACAAAAAACAUUUACCCUACCUUCGUGUCCGGUUUGCAACUCAGGAACAACAGUCUGUACGUUCAAGAGGAUGGAUUUUAUUACAUCUUCUCCAAAAUGUCCUUCCUGGAGAACUGCAGAUUGGUGAAACAUCAGGUCAUGUACAUCACAGGGAGGUACUCCGGCACCAUUGAGCUGAUGAAGAGUUCCAGAUAUCUUUGCAACAACCAUAAAGACCAGUCGAUGCCAGAACGUGGCAACAGUUACCUGGGUGGAAUCUUCAACCUGGUGAAAGGUGACUGCUUGUUUGUUCAGGUCAAUAACCUCUCAUUGGUGUACGGAGAAGCAUCUGAGAACUUUUUUGGUGCCUUCAAGAUCAACUGACGUCCAUACUCCUGCACACACACACAACCCAUGUACUAGGCACACACACACUCUUUACUCUUUAGUCUCUUUACUCUCAGGUUCUCAGUUUGAAAUAUUUUUAGAUGCUAAUAUAUUUACACAUCCUGUGCUGUUUUUAUCAUUUCUAGGUGUUUAUUUUCAGUUGGGGAGCAUAUUCUUAAAUUCUGGGUUUGGUUCUAAAGACGAUGUUGUGUUCAUAUAAAAUAUAAGAACAUUUAUCAUAUUUCACGUUUUUAUUGUACUCUGUUUAGACUGAGUAUGUGGUUAUGGCCAAGCUAACACAGUUACGUUGUGACGACAUACAUGUACCAGACCAUAUUUCUUGCCACGACGUAACAAAUAACGUUCCAGCGACGUGUCUUCGUGAUUCCCUGUCAUAUUGAUGGCCGGUUCGCAAACGAAUCAUUCUUUUGAUUCGGUUCUUUUCAGUGAAAUCGGACUGAACCGUUCUUAACCGUUCUAAUUCAAAUUAUUUGAAUUACUUACUUUCUACUGCGCAUGCGUGUAAUUUCUAAAGCGAAUAAAAAGCUUUUAGUCAGAUAUUUCAUCAAUUGGCAUGAUAUAAAACACAAUGGAAAUAUCUUUAGGACUUUAUUACUGCCUUAUCACUGUAUACGAUUCAGCAGUACACUGAACCGAGAGACGAUUCCUUCGGACACGUUCGAUUGAGAACCGAUGCGCUGGAUAGUGACUGAGCAUGCGUGAUUCACCGUGAGGCUACUGAACCCUGUAGGACAACUGAUGCUAUCCUAAUGCUGCAAGCUCACGUGAACCGAGAUAGUAAAUAUUAUGGAGCAAUCUGGCAAAACGUAAGUUUAUAUAAUAAGAAAUAAAUCGUAUUGGAUUGUGCAUGGAUCAUAUAGUUUCUGUAAUAUGCAGAUGAAGAUUAAUUAUGUACUUUAUGUUUUAAGAUUUAAAAUAUCAUAGUUUGCUGCACAUCACUGUGCCUGUUUUUGGGUAAUUUCGUUUCAAAAGUGUGAGAAAUGUGUCAUAAUGAUGAUGAUUUGUUAACUGACAGAAGUUAUGAUUGAUGACUUAUAUAUUUUGUUCUGAGCCCGAGUGUAGUAUUUUCAUCCUCGCCAGGGCGAGUGACUUUUGAACUGGUUCAUUGAAAAGAACUGUCCGAAAGACCCGGUUCGCAGAAAAGAGACAAAACAUUGGACGUUGCUGGGACGUGGUGAUUACCUCCUGAAGACAUAAAUGGAAUGAACCAUUUUUUGUCACAGCAAUGUACCAAAUCAAGUUUCUGGGACGUAACCGGUAUAUCCCAAUGACCAAACAGGUUUUUUUCAUAAUUUUAUUUAUUUCCCUCUUUUUCUAAAAUAUGUAUCACAUUUGUAAGGUAUAAAAUAAAGAAAGAAUAUCAAUAAACAUCUAAAUAAUAUAUCAUGCAGUGAGGUAAAACGAAAUUACCGUUAAUGUUUAAAUGAUGCAAGCGAAUGCAUUUUUAAUCAUUGUAUUUUAUUAAACUCCAGCUGAAUAGCUGUGAAAUAUCGGAUUAAUAGCAUUCGUUUUGACAAUAUAAUGAUUUUAUUCUAGAAAUGACCACAUAAUAACAUAAUAAAUAGAAAAGACCACAUUGAGUAAUCCAAUAACCAGUGUCCAUGUUAUCUGAAGACCAGAACAUCACGUACGCUACAACGCUCUCCAUGGGAUUAAUUCACUGCUGUAUUUGAGGACGUGGCUACGACGUUUCUGAAACGUAACUUAAGCAAAAAUUCUGAGCAAUAGAACUAAGACGUCCUCACAACGUGGCACAAAGUAAUGUAACGUUGACCAAACAAAGAUGCACUGGCGACGUUGUCAGAACGUACUGUGUUUGCUGGGGGGUUGCGUGCUGUUUUUGAUGCAGUGAAUUAUUGGCUGCUGUUAGCAUGAAACAAUAGUCACAAAAUGUUUGGAAUGAAAAACGUACGUGUCAGGCUGUUAAAUCACACUUUUGCUGUUUUCCUGUUUAAUUUAUGGCGUGUUCAUAAUUUUGCAUAUUGCUGUGCAGUUCAUUGUUAAUAAGAUGAAUAAAUUGUGAAUAAAUAUCAUUGUUUAAAU